UCUAAUCUGUGAAAUCUGCCUCACUCCCUCAACAGCAAUAACAACACAGACGUAGCAGAAAUUUCGAUGGCAUUUCACAGAGGCGCAAAGACGAAACCGAAACCCGCGAGAUCUUCAAUUUUGCUCCUUGUCGCAGCAGUGACAGCGAUUGCAAUCCUCUUCCUCUUCUCCUCUAUGCUCUCAACCGACAACGUACGACGACGACAACAACAACAACAAAAACAGGAGUCAGAGGAGAAGUACCUGUAUUGGGGAACCCGAAUCGACUGUCCCGGAAAACACUGUGUAUCUUGCGAAGGCCUGGGCCACCAAGAAUCCAGCCUCCGAUGCGCCCUCGAAGAAGCCAUGUUUCUUCAACGAACUUUUGUGAUGCCAUCGAGGAUGUGUAUUAAUCCCAUACAUAACAAGAAAGGAAUCCUUCAUCAUUCCACUAAUGCUACUACUUCUGAGGAAAGGUGGGCUGCGAGUUCUUGUGCCAUGGACUCUUUGUAUGACAUAGAACUCAUAUCGGGAAUUGUUCGUGUGAUUUUGGAUGAUUCAAAAGAGUGGUAUACGGUUCUAUCCACAAGCAUGAAGUUGGGAGCCAGAGGAGUUGCACAUGUGGAAGGAGUUAACCGUGUUGAUCUUAAAGAAAAUAACCGCUACUUGGAUUUGUUGCUCAUUAACAGAACUGCAAGCCCUCUGUCUUGGUUUAUGGAAUGCAAGGAUCGAAACAACCGUAGUGCCAUAAUGCUGCCAUAUUCAUUUCUGCCAUCAAUGGCUGCUGGGAAACUAAGAGAUGCAGCAGAAAAGAUUAAAGCACAACUUGGUGAUUAUGAUGCCAUCCAUGUUCGUCGUGGGGAUAAAAUAAAGACCAGGAAGGAUAGAUUUGGUGUAGCAAGGACCCUGCAUCCUCACCUUGAUAGGGAUACACGGCCUGAGUUUAUUGUAUGUAGGAUAGCAAAGUGGGUCCCUCCUGGAAGAAUCUUGUUUAUUGCUUCAAAUGAAAGGACUCCAGGGUUUUUUUCACCACUUUCUGUCAGUAUGCUUUGGAAGGCGAAGCUGAUCAUAGACAAAUAUCACAAAAACAAGAUUCCAAUAGUCACUUCCGUUUCUGCAGCAAACUUUUGGCAGGCAUCAAAUACUCUUCUUUAUGUCCUUUGUGAUUCUCUUGCAGAACAUUCAAGGAAGAUGAGACAGAUUAUAGCCUCACUGAUGACCCAAAAAAGAACACUAAAGUUUGGCAGAUACCUGUUUACAACGCGGAUGAAAUUUGCUGACAACUUGACUCAGUAUGCGACAAUUUCAAUGAAGCUGAAGUAUACUUGCAUACCCAAAAUCUUUAUGAAGAAAUUCUUGCUGAGGAAGAAAUCAGAGGCGAUUUGUUUGUGUUGUACAUUGUGAUGUUAGCUAAAGUUCAGAUUUAAUUUAUUCAUUUAAUGCAUGUAUUUGUCACACAGUAAAGCUGAAGUGGCCACUAAAUUGUUUUUAGGAUGGAAACUAGUUAGAUGGACACUAGUUUGUAUGUACGAGUCUUAAUAAAAAAAUUGGCUUUGUAAUGUAAACCAUCUGCGUUGGUAUCAUCACUCUAGCAUGUACUUACCAGUGUUUAUAAGUUAUCUUCAAAUGUUUGUUAGUGGAUUU